CACUGCGUCAAUUGAAAACAAGAAGAAGUGUGUGCGACUCAUUCACAGACUGUGUGUUAAAAGAGCCGAAAUACUUUGCAUACAAAAGUAACAUUAGCUUUUCCGCAUUUAUGGAAUUUAAUUAUAAUUAUUUUGAGCGACGACAGAAGAUGAUGUUUGCUUAAUUCUUUGAACAUUGACUAAAAUCACUGGAGAUUUUUCUUGCAUUCAUGUUAUUUAUACAGAUUUAUUUCAACAGAUACACGCGUCGAUUAGUUGGAUUCAAUUGAAAAAAACAUCGAGGCAAGCGCAACCAAUAUGUUUUCGUCAAUGAAAAAUUUUCUGAAUCGUCAUCGACGUAAAUUUGUAAUUGGCGGUGUUGUGAUUGCCGGUGGAAUGAUAGCAUUUCGAUAUGCUCAACGAAAAUUGUUCGAAUAUCAGGAGGCAAAAGCGCGCGAAUUUUUCGAACGAACACGUCGCACACAACAUUUUGAGACGACAGAACGAACGUGCAAUCAAGCAAUUAUGGGACUGGGACCAAAUCUUAUUGAGCAAAUUUUGAAAAAUUUAGAUGCUGACCGUAUCGUUGCUGAUCUGCGAAAUAAUCCAAACGACAAGAUCGUAUUGUGGAACAAACUCAAAGUGUUGGCAAUCGCUCGAUUGUGUGCAUUAGUCUAUGCAUGCUCCAUGCUGGUGAUAACGCUUCGUGUUCAAUUUAAUAUUCUCGGUGGUUAUCUGUACAAGGAUGCGAUAGGUAAUGUGGAACAAGUGACAUCCGAAUUGCAACACAGCUAUGUGGCCUUAAUUCAACAUUUUUUGAGCGAUGGAUGCAAUUCACUGUGUCAAUUAAUCGAAACGAAAGUGGAACACAUUUUGAGUUCGUACGAUUUGAGUCGAAAACUCACAUUGACUGAAACUGAACAAAUUUUCUGCUCAAUUCAAAUGGCCAUCAAUAGCGAUGCAAACGAUCCCAGUACUCAUUUGGCUAAAUAUGUGUAUCCAAGUGAUUUGCCAGCCAGCACCACAUCAAAUGCAUUGUUUGAGAAAAUGUUUAAUGAAACCAUUGAUAUGCUCGAGAGCAGCGAUGUUUCGACCUUAAACGCAAACAAUGUAAGCCGAGGAUUUUCAAUUGUUAUGGAUAACAUUGCUGAUUUUUACUUUAAACCUGUGAAUGGAACAGCAGCUGUUGAAAAUGGCUACUCACCCAAACACAUCACAAAAGCUUCGAUUGAAUCAUCGACAAAGGUGGACGAUGGUGAAGCGGGCGAAACAUUGCCAAACAUAAAUACAGUUAGCAUUCCAAUACCAAAAUUGAUUCCAAUUAUAAAUGGAUUGGCCAAACAACAAUUUAACACAACAACUCAACCGCCAAGCUUGUCAACAUCACUGAUGACACUUUAUUUAAUUUCGGAAAAGGUGAAAAUUCUCGGAGCAAAUACAUACGAAGUAUUCAGCGUAUAAUAAUGAAUUACGGAUGAUUUUCACGCGUACACAAAUUCACUCACAAUUCUCCGACCAAUUCAUAAAUUGCACCAGAAUGCAAAUGAUUCCCCAUCCUCCCACAGGAAAAGCAGUCACAUCGAACGAUGAAGAUUUAUAAAUUUUAGAAUUAUUCAACACAUUUUAAUUUUUACUUGUAUUCAAGAGAAGAAGAGAUGUAUUUAUAAGUGGGAUAUUAGAUUCUUUUUUGUUUAAUAUCUCUAUUCGGUUAAAGUUGCAUGGGCACGGAUGAUUAUUUUAUCUUUAUUUUAUUGUACACAAUAAAAUUUAGGGUUAAACAUGGAAAUUAAAGCAAGAAUAAAACAUUAUUUUGUAUGCAGAAAA